AUGAAUGAGGAUAAAACAGGACUGCAUGAAGAAGUAGUUCAAAUGCACAAUAUUUAUGAACGAAAUCCAUUAGCACGAAGUUUGCAUAUCGUGAGGCUAUCAAACAGGCAUCAAGCAAAUGUUCAUGAAGGUGAUCAAGAAUAUUUCCAAGACAGCGACGAAAUCGAAAACAGAUGCCGAAGAAUAGGGGUAGCUGGGAUAGAAUUAGCUGACUUAACAAAAUCUGCUGUAAACCAUGUUCGUCAUACUACUGAUAGUGAAGCAAUCAUCAGCAAUACCAUCGAAGAUACACAUAUAUUGAAGAGCGAAAUUUGUAGAUAUGAAUCUUCGAAAAAUGAUCUUAAACCAGAUCUUGCAUUUUCUGAUAGUUUUACGGAUUCUAUCACUUUUCCUGUUUCUUCCUUUCAAAUGGAGCCUUCUAUCUUACGAUUAAACACUGAUGCAAUCGAACAGUCACCUUGCUCUUCAGAUCGCUAUUCUUUAGUUCCAAAUCUAAGUGUGGCUGGAGAAGAGAAACAAUCAACAGGAAAUAACAAACUAAGUCUGUUGAAAUCCAGCUGUACCUUAUCUACUGAUGACGGUCAUCAAACCUACAAAAACGAGGCAAUCGCUUCAGGACCACUGAAAUCCACGGCAGCAUCAGUACCAACAGAAGCAAGAAAAACAGAUUUUGGCCACACUUUCAAUGCAAGAACAAUUAAACCUAUUUAUGUAAAUACACCGUUAAAAUCAUUUAGUGGGCGAAACGGUCAGAAAGUUCCUGUUAGAAGGCAGUUUUCUGAAACAGCAGUCAAAAAUGCGUUUGAAAUCAAGCGGUUGUGCAAAUUCUAUGAUCAAACGGACUGGGUCUCUGGCCUGCAGUUCGAUCGUUUUAUUCCAGAGAUCGCCGGUCCAAUUAUCGGAGAGGAGUCAGUUGAUAAAUUCCCUCGCUAUGGUACUUCCUUAUCUGGUCAUUCUCUCGUCAGAUCGAAUUCAGUCCGCACAGAAAUUGAACAUUGUAAGCGUAUUCUAAAUCAACUGAAGCGGGAUGUUAGUCAACUUCCUCCCAUACCCGUUACCCGAUUCACUCCCUCAAUAAAGGAUCUUGAGACUUUAGAUUUGAAUCCUAAGGUUCGUCAAACAGCACCUUUAUCUUACGUCAGAAGUCGGUCACAGCUCCAAAGGCGUGCGUUGUUAAUAGAUAGAGGUCUGAAUAAGAGAACUAUUACGUACUUAACUGCAUCCGGCCGAAACAGCAUUCCAUAUUCCACCGACCUUUCACUAUCCGAGACGAUUUCCUUCUGGCGUCAGUGUUUUGGGAGUUCUAAUUUUAACAGAUCUGCUACACAUCGCCAUCAACAAGCUGACAUAAUUCCUUUGUCCAACAAGAAUCUUCGUCCUCGCCGACUUCCUAGAGGAUGGCGUUCUCAUAGUCUACGUUAUGAUUUUGCAGCGGUGAAUUCAUUCUUACCUUACCUUCGACAAGUCACUCAACGUCCUGGUGCGGCUGUCUGUUUACAACGACAACAAUCAGCUGUAGUCAAAAGUUCUUCACCCCAGUUUUGUACUUCAGAAUACAACACUAUUCAAUCUUCUGUAAGCAAUUUACUUGAUUCUACCGGACCAGACGCUGUUGAGAUGAUCACUUUAGAUGGUCAACGGAUCAAAGAUGAUCCUAUUGAUAUAUCUGUUGAUGCACAACAUCACACUUUGAAAUGGCCUAUCAGCUCUUCCAAUUUUCUUGAUGAAGUUCAACCCAGUAUACAGAAUCAUGAUCUAAAUGAACAAAUAGAUGACUAUGUAAAAAAACAAGUAAAAGAUACAGAGAUUACUUCGUUAUCUAACUAUUUGUCUGAUGAUAGUUCAACUGUUAACUUGCCACCACCAACAACUCGUCUUCUGGAUACAUCAAGUUCAAAUAAACUUGGUAAUGAUCAUUACAGUAUUGAAUCUGACAAAUCGCUUACUACAGAGACCGGAGAACGUAGUCGUUUAACUCGUCAAGCUGGUUUCCGUCGUCGGCCUGCUAUGUCGUCUCGUUCUUAUAGUCGGUCAAAAGGUGCAACAUCACUCAAGACUGAAAAAGCAACUAGUUCUGUUUCUGAUCACAUACAACUGGAAGUAACAAAAGAAAUAAAGAGAAUUGAUGAAGACAAUAAUUUACAGAGUUCGCCCUGUGUUUCCAAACCUGUUUCGAUGAAUCCUGUUUCAGUCGAUCAAGCUGUUGACAAUUUACUUGCUCAUCUAAUGGGUGUUAAAUCAUUGGCUGAAACUGGAUUGACUCGUCAACAAUGUUUACUUCAAUUGCGUGGUGAUGGAAAUACUGAAGAUUCAGAAAAUGCCGAAUGGGAUAUUUUAUAUGCUGUCACAGAAGCCGCCACUGACAAUGUUACAGUAACAAAUGAACCCACUGGGACUACUACUACUUCUUCUAUUGAUACUCGAAUUGACCAUUUGUCAACUCGAUUCGGAUCUACUAGUUAUGACAUAAAAAAUCGUAAUGAUAUUUAUCAAGACAAUUCAAUCGGUACUUAUGAUACGAGUUCAUGGGAUUUACAAGAAAUCAGUAUUAAAGCCUACUGUCCAUCGAGUAAUGAAAAUCAUGAGGUUGAUGAUGAAAUUCAUACUCGAGAUGUUCAAGUUAAUCAAUCCAAUGAAUCUGGUUCAGAUAGUGAUGAUGGUAAUAAUUCAUCAUCGAAUUCAUUGCUUUGGUUCUUUCGUAAAGGUUUUAAACCGUUGAAAUUACAACAACAACAACAACAACAGCAGCAGCAACAACAACAACAACAACGUCCAUUACCAAUUGCUCCUAUGCAUACAAUCUCAUUAUCACCAUGUUUUCCAUUUACUCUACGUUUUCAAUUGAAUCGUUUAGAAUUAGGUUAUAUUUUUGAUAAAAGUUUUACCAUUACAGAAAUUAUAUUAUGCUCUAUUUUGGCUGCUUUAGUCGGUAUUAUUGGCUAUUAUAUGUUACGUACUGCAAGUUUUCAAGAUUAUGGACCAUUAGCAUGUUUUACUAUUGCCGGAUGUCAUUAUUCACUUAUAAAAAGUGUUCAACCUGAUCCAGCUUCACCAAAACAUGGAUUUAAUCGUUUGAUUGUAUUCACUCGUUCAUUUUUCUUCUGUUUCUUUGCUUCUAUUUAUCUAUUAGCUAAUUAUUUAUAUCAAUCACAAGAAUCUGUACUAUUUCCAGGUGAAAAGUCAAGCAUAGAACAUACAGGUGAAUUAUGUUUUGAAUCAAUUACAACAAUCUAUCAAUCAAAUGAACAAAUGUUACCAUUAGAUAUUAGUGAAACAACAAAUAAAUUAACUACAGAGAAAAUAAAUUGGCGUAUGCCUAAUUUUUAUCAUUUAUCUCAAUCUUCUAAAAUAAAUAUUGAAUCUUCUACUUCUUCUACUUCUUCUUAUUCUUCAUCAUCAUCAUCAUCUAUUAUUCAACUCUAUGGUAUUAAAUUAUCUAUAAAAUCUAUAUCUUACGUCAUUGAAUAUUCGUGUAUAUAUGUUAUAUUGAUAUUUCCUAUAUUGUUCUGUCUUGGACUAAUGCCUCAAAUAAACACUGUACUUAUUUAUGCUUUAGAACAAUUAGAUAUUCAUAUUUUUGGAGCAAGCGGUACAACUGGACUUUUUUCAGUGAUAUUAUCUAUUUUUCGAACAUCCAUAGUGAUUGGAUUGACAUUUGUUCCAUGUUAUUAUACUGUACAAAAAUGCGAUCCUCAUUGUAUAUUGUUUUCAGUAUUUUGGGGUGUACAAAUUGCAUUAUGCUUUUUAUUAAGUCGUUUACCAUCGAAUACAAUGCUUUAUGGGACACUUUUUCCUUCUGAGCAUCGUAUUUACUGUUGGUGCCGUAUUCGAAUGUUUUUCUCCAAUACUUGGCAUAAACUAACUACAAAGCCAAAUUUGAUUCUUCGAUCAAAAAAGGAAAAAGACAGAAAACGCAAAUCUCAACUAACUUCUAUCGAUAAAUCUAAUUGGUGGAGACGAUUGCCUCUACUAUUCCCUAAUCUUCGUAUGAAAUCUACAAAUGCAUCAUUUCAGAAAACUAAUGAAGCUGUUGAAGAAUUUCUUCUUACACGUCUAAAACAUACAAAAGAAAAUGUGGAUGUUGAAAAUACAGUGCCAGCAGUUCAAAGUCAUAGUUUACCAUGUCGAUUAAUCAGUCGAGUUAGUUUAACUCAGUCAACAUCUACACCAGCUAUUAAAUAUAAUUUAUCUCAAAUUGAAACAUCUUCAACAAAUGGUGUAUCAGAUAAUUGGAUGAAAUUGCAAAUUAGCAAUAAUUCUGAAAAAAUUAAUUGUAAAAAUAAUAAUAAUAAUAAUGAUAAUAAUAAUCAUAGUAAUAAUAAUGACAGCAAUACCAAUGAUAAUAAUAAAAAUAAUCCUACGAAUACAUUACCAUCACUUGUAAUCAGUCAGAAUCUAUCAACAUCUUAUCAUACUUUAACAACACUAAAUAAAAAUGAUUCAAGAAUGAACACUCGACAUUAUUAUCAAACCAAUGAUGAUACACAAACAACACAAGCACAAUUACAAAAUGGUGAUCCUUUACCAAAUUUAAUUAGAAUUUCAUUAUUGACACGUUUUGAAAAUGAUUUAAUUUCAUGUAUUCUAUGGUUUAUUUUAGCAUUUCUUAUUCAUUUAACAAGUAAUUUAAUCAUUACCACUACUUCUACUGUUCCUUCUUAUUAUUGUUGUUACAUUUUCAAUUGGAUCAGUAUUCUAUUAGGUUUUCUAUUGCAUUAUAUUUGGCCUAAUUUUAGAAAACCAUAUCCAUGGUUACUACUUGUGGAACCUGUUGUUAAACCUAAUCUUCAAGGAAUUAGUCGUUUGGAAGUUGCUUAUUUUUGGUUAUGUUGGUCAGAAAGAAACUUGUUCUUACCUGCUAUUGUAAUGUGUACAGUCAGUCAAUCUUUUACUUCCAUAGUAGUGAAGUUUGGACCGUUACUUUCCACAUUCAUAAUUAUUGUAUGUAGUAUGAAAAUGUUACGAAAUGGUUUUUGUUGUGCAAAACAAACUUAUCUAAGCCUGUUUUUCACAAAUUUAUUAUUCUCAUUUGAUUUCUAUGAUUUUAAAGAAGCAUUCCCGAUUAAUUAUUUCUUUGUAUCACUUCUUGUUAACAAGUUUAUUGAAUUAUUUCGGAAAUUGCAUUUUAUCUAUGUGUAUUUAGCUCCAUUCAAUAUAAUUUGGGGUUCUGUGGCACAUGCAGUUGUACAACUUGGUUCAAUUCCUCAUUCAGUAUUCUUGUUUGCUAAUUGCAUUUUUUCUACAAUUUUAUCCGCACCAUUGGAACCUUUUAUGGCUAGUGCAAUUUUUAUUACAUCCUAUGUGAGACCGAUUAGUUUUUGGGAAACUAAUCAUCGGACACAACGAAUAGAAACAACCAACAUGCCUAUAGCAGCUCAAUUAAAAGGAAUUUCUAAACAUCAGGUAUCCGGUAAUCUGGAUGGUAUAUUUUAUGAACAUUUAACAAGGAAAUUACAACAAAUUUUAGCUGGUGACUUACAACUAGGCCGUAUUGGUGGAUUAGCUAUUCAACAUGGUGAUGUAUUCAUUUUAACUACGAAUGAUUUAAACUUGUUAAUUCAUAUCAUUGAAGUAGGCAAUGGUUUUGUCACUUAUCAGCUACGUGGUCUAGAAUUUAUAGGUACUUUGUGUCAUGCUAGUGAAUCAGAAGCGUUACGUUCAGAUCCUCAUAAAAGUAAACGAUUCUGUUGUUGUCAUUCUCAAUCAAUUCGUGGAAUGUUAAGUUUUAACACUGCUGUUCGUUUACGUUGUAUGACUUGGCAAUUCGCUUAUGCAUCUUACACAGUUGAAGGUUAUGAAGUUACUGAUCAUAGUGCUGGGUUAACUUUUCAAUUGACAGACCUACGAAAAGUAUUAGUCAGUCGAUUUGUUCAUUGUAUCAUUUAUUUUGUUUGUAAGCUACCGAAUUUAUCGAAUCGAUUAGCACAGUUAACACCAUGUUUAGAUGCUAAUCGAUUUCUAUCACCGGAUUACUUUGAUUUGGAUCCAGUAUUUUUCAAAGUAAUUGAUGAUGAUUUUGAUGAAGAUGUUAAUGGCAUUACUAAACAACGUUUUUUACAAAUUUAUUCCGAUUGGAUAGAAUAUUGUUUGAAGAAACAAAGCAUAAAUUCAUCUAUACCAUAUGGUGCUGAUUCACCUGUUGUAUCGUUAUGUUUAGCUUUAAGUUUACUUGGUAGACGAUGUAUGGGUGGUCAUCAAUCAUCAAAGCCAAUUUUGGAUCAAUUUUUACAUGGUGUACAUCAAGUAUUCUCUGGAGAUAUUCAUUUAGUGCCAAAAGAUGAUUGGGUUCUAGUAGAUCUUGAUCUUCUUCAAACUGUUGUUACGCCUAGUAUUCGUAUUGCAUUGAAAUUGUAUCAAGAUACAUUUACCUGGUCAUCAGGCAAUACACAUCAUGAAUUAUACAACACAAUUGUUUAUACGGAGAAAAAUGUUGUAAUUUGUCCAGAAACCGAUCCAAAAUGGAGAUUUGCUGUUUUAAAUGAUGCCGAUUGUUUAUUCUCAUUUCGUUGGGUAUCUGGUCGUACAUCGAUGGAUGUUUAUCGUAUUGUUCAAUUGACUAAGAGAAAAUUAGUAUUUAGAGUUAUCAAAUUAAAUCCUGAAUGUGUUCGAGGCUUAUGGGCUGGUCAACAACGUGAACAAAUAUUCUUACGUAAUAACAAUGAAGAACGUGGUAGUAUACAAAGUGCUAAUCCAGUCUUACGAAAUUUAAUCAAUUCUAGUUGUGAUCCUCCAAUUGGUUAUCCAAUUUAUGUUAGUCCUUUAAUUACUAGUUUUGCCAGUGAUAAUAAUGAUUAUAUUCAUGUAUCUGGCGGAGAAUUAUCCAUUUUCAAUAUUUUACUACGUAUACGUGAUUUUUGGAGACGUUUUCGUCAGUUAUUUCAUGAUAGAAAAGACAAAAUCGAUGGUCAAAUUGACUCCACCACUAAGCUACCGUUAUUUAAACGUAAUACAAAUCAACAACUGAACUCUAAUCUACCAAGUACCUCUUGUAAUAAUAACCCAACUGCUCAAUUAACAUUAUCUAGCUAUCCAAUAACAACUAUUAUCAACAAUGAUAAUGAUAAUCUUAGUAAAUGGUCUUAUACUAAACAAUUCGAUACUAAUCGACAAACAACUUUAACUGCAUUAAUUCAUCAACAAAAUGAAAUGGAUAAUAUAACUGGAGGCAUUUGGUCUACCACAACAAAUACAUUUCGUGAAAGUCAUCAUUUUGAUUCUACUUCUUGUCCAAUGGAACAGUUGUAUAAAAUUAGUCAAAAAGUUAAAAUUAUUGAUACUGGACAAAUAUUGAAUAGACAUUUGAAUAAAUUACAAUGGCCAUCGAAAGAAUGGUAUCAGCAUAGUUUAACCUAUCAAGCUUGUCAUUCAUCUGUAUUCUCUGGUCUUGAAGCUUAUCGUAUCCAUCGAUGGACUCCAAAUAAUGCUGAGUCGAAUUCACGAUCAUUUUGUCAUCGAACAAUAGCUUUACUAGCAUUCCCAGGUGGACCACCACUUCUUGACGGAUAUUAUAUAGCUAUCUGGGAAGAUAAAGGUCUAGUUGAAAUCAAUGAUUCAGAUAAGAUUAUCGAUUCUAAUGAUAACAGUAAAGAUAAUAAUGACGAUCAUAAUAAUAAUAAUAAUAAUAAUAAUAAUAAUAAUAAUAAUCAUAAUAAUAACACUAAUGAUCGAUUUCUUAUUAAUUAUUUAUUUACUAAUCAAAAUUCAUUUACAACUUGACAAACAUAAUUCUCUUAUUGUUCGCCUUCUUGUAUUUCUAGCAUCGUUUUUUUUUUGUAUCAGC